AUGCCGGCCACGGCCCUCUCUGAAACAGAACUCAAGUUGUCGUCGCAUCCGCAUCCGCUUCACCCACAAACUAUCGCGGCAGUGUCUUAUCCUUAUCGCGGCACAUUUGACGAGACCUACGAAGUUCACGACCCUCAUACGUUGACCACUCUUUCACCGCAACGCCAGCAGCAGGCUGCUCCCCGACCCUUACCUGAACCUACUUUUGACCGAGAACUUCGCCCCUCCAGUGCUCUGGGAAGCACUCGAUUGUUGCGGAGAACUUCUCGUCAUUUCCAACGCCCACCAUCGGUCGAUGUAUCCGGACGCCCCGCCCAAAUAGAGCAAUCAAUUCCUGUCUUCGUGCAGUCUGUCUCAGAACACGGUGGUAACGGUAUUGCAGCACUACCCCCUGCGCUAUCCGAGGCACAUACGGACUACGACGACGACGAGGCCAAUUCGGCACCGGAAGACCACCUUGAGCGGGCAGACACCUCGUACUGGCCCCGUCGGUCCACACGAGUUUCUCCUCGUACAGCAUCUGCCAUCCUCUGGACUCUGGAAGAAGCGAUUCGAAAACCGUUUCCUUUCACAACCGACUGGGAAGAAGUGAAUGCGCCCAUGGCCGACGUAGCAGGCAUCCCUGGCUCGACGGGCUUCAGUGCCAAUGGCCGUACCCAGAAUGGAUCUUCGCGGGUUGCCCAAGGCCCGGUGCCCGUGAAUCCACACCCUCCGAGUGGGGUACGGACUCCGACAGAUAUCAUGAGACAGCGCCGGGAUCGCGAGGCUCGCAAGAAGGCAGAACAGGAAGCUAAGGAUAGGGAGCAAGAGCAAAGCAAGGCUCAAGGGCCAGCGCAGCCUUACGCUGCUGGCGUUGCUGGUGACAGAGGACCACAGAGGAGACCGACGCAAAGGGCUCCCGCGGGGCUCGAAGCGCAAGAAUCACGCACCGCGGCCAUUCCAGAACGAUCCGCUAGCAACGCUCGGCGACCGGAACCAUUUUCGCCCACGCAGGCCCCGGGUACCGGCGCGGGGCAUGGUUAUGCCCGGCCAACAACUUCGGCAGGACAACCCAAUCCAGCUCAGCCGUCGCAAAUCCCGCCCCAGGGCUCAGCCGGGGGCUCGAAGCCCCAAGGCCAAGCCGCUGCUUCGAAGCAACCCGGCACGGGGUCUCAAAGUCAGCAGCAAAAUCGUCGAGUUCCUUUUCCUCAUGCUUUCGAACGCUGGGAGACACUCUCGUCGCACUGGGAAGGAUUGACUGGCUAUUGGAUUCGCAAGCUGGAGCAGAACAAUGAAGCCCUCGAACGGGACCCUCUGAGCCAGCAGAUGGCCCGUCAAGUGACGGAUCUCUCUGCGGCUGGGGCCAACCUUUUCCAUGCCGUCGUAGAGCUGCAGCGGUUGCGUGCGUCUUCCGAACGAAAAUUCCAGCGCUGGUUCUUCGACACCCGCACGGAACAGGAACGGGCGAAGGAAUUGCAAGCAGAGCUGGAGCGACAGAUCCGGACUGAACGACAAGCGCGCUCAGAGGCUCUUGCCUCCUUACAGAAGGCGGAAAGUGACAAGACCCGCGUGGAAGAACUGCUGAAAGAGAUGCGUCGUGAGUUGCAGAUCUCCAAAGAAGAGGCCCGCCGCGCCUGGGAGGAACUUGGUCGGCGCGAGCAGGAGGAGCGCGAAAGGACUAAUUCGCUUCGUAAUGGUGAGCCUACAUUGGUGGGAGGGGUGCAAGUGGUGCCGAUGGUUACUGGCGCCUCGCACCGUCAAGCUUCGAGCACUCGUCCCCAGACCCACGAGAGCCCCUAUGCUACCGGUGGAGCUGCCAGUGGAGAGGAAGCGCCAAAAAGCACAGCGGACACCGAAGGUCAAUAUUACGGCGAGCCUGCCGCAUCGCCUACUGGUACGGAUCCUUUUGUCGAGGGACAGCCACCGACCUCGUCUCCAGAAACUCAACGCCAGUAUCCUGCACACUACUACGAUCCGGAAGCUGGCUACCCCGCUCGACCGACAUCCGAGAAUGACGACCGAUCUUAUGGUCCCAGUGUGGCCAGCAGUGAACCUGGGGAAGACGAGUUUGGAUCUAGCUAUCGCCGCAACCCACAAGGCCCAGUUGUGUAUCCUCCUACCAUGUCCGAAGGGAGCGAUGAUUACGAGCACGGCUCUCUCGACGAAUCAGGCUACCCCCCUGGGUCGCUUCCUGCAUCUUCGGGCUCGAUCUACGGAGGGUACAAUCAAGCCGCCGACUACAGUGGCUCCGGCUGGGGUGUCGGCUCUGGAUGGGAAUCAAUGACUCCUCGACAUCGCCACCCUACUCGGCUGAGCGAUGUCAUUGAGGAGGAAGAGCCACGAACUACACCGAGUCGUGCCAGUAUGGCCAGUCGAAGUGUACAGUGAGAGAUGGUCAGCUUUGCCGUACAUGCAUCAUGGAGCGCAUCCAGCAUCUGCCGGAAGGCCGUUUCGCUUUUGUUUCCGU